UCCGUGGAGGGAGCUAUGGCGGCUGCCGAACGACCGCUCUGCGCCUGCCUCCUGCUUGUCGUCGCCCUCCUUCUUUCCCCCUCGCCUCAGGUCCUUGCCCGGGCCUCUGCAGCCUGCCGGGGAGAGGCCGUUGUCAAGUCUGGUGAAGCCCGAGAUUCUGAAACUUGUGGAUUGAAUCUGCAGCUGGAACAUUCAUUUGAGUUGGAUGACAGCAUUCAUUUCAAAAAACGGGGUGCAAUUCUGUGGAAUGUGGGUCCUGAGCCUAGUCUCUCCCUGAGCCAGAAGCAGUUGACUGAAGACGAGCGCAACAAACUUAGGUGAGUAGCUACAGGGGGUGGACUGUACCGCUUAAGAAUCCCACGACAACCUCUGGGGAGUAUUGAAGACAAUGCUGUUGAAUAUGUCACAACUUUUGUUAGAGCGUGUUCACUGGUCGAGUCUCAUCUGUCAGAUAGGCUGGUAGUGCACACAGACAUCGCUGGCAACAUAAUUGGCCUCUCUGCUGUCACUGUUCCUAGCUCUUGCCACGGAGCUGAAGUGGAAGAUGUGGAUCUGGAACUCUUCAAUACUACCAUUCUCCUCCAGCAGCCCAUACCAGCAGCUGUCCCUGAAACGGCAGCAUUUAUUGAACGCUUGGAACAGGAGCAGGCUCAGAAAGCCAAAAAUCCCCAGGAGCAGAAGUCCUUCUUUGCGAAAUACUGGAUGUACAUUAUUCCUGUCGUGCUUUUCCUUAUGAUGUCUGGAGCCCCUGAUGCAGGGGGGCAAGGAGGGGGCAAUGGAGGCAGUGCUGGGGGAGGGGGGCGAUAAAGGAAACAACAAGGUAAAUAAAUAUUAUUGGAAGUAAAUAAUGGGACUCUCUUUGAUUUGUGGGAGCAAGGCUAGUUUGGGGUUAUAGAACGAAAGAGCUGCUAAUAUUUUUUAUGCUUGUAUGAGAAGCGGGAGGGAAUGCAUUAAUUCAUUUUAAAUCCGGGGUGGUUUCCUUCCUAAAUGAUUAUAGUAAAUUGUAAAUAUCUCUAUUGAUUCCAAAGGGUACAUUUCUGCCAUAAGGUAGUUUCAAGUUCCGUUUUCAGUAUUGGAAAUUAUAUACAGUCACAUAAUCAAAUCCUUUGUAAAAAAAAAAUAAUAAAUCUAAAAAUUUAAAGUCUUCUUCCCCAAA